AAGUGAAAAAUAUAAUUCAUAAUGGAUAAUUAUGAAUAUUUCGAAUCAUUCAUAAAAAAGAGAAACAUUACUAGAAGCAAUUGGGGUGGAUAUACUUUAGAUAUACAAUUAUGGGAAGAUGAGAAAUCACCUAUUGUCAAUUUGAGAUCUAUAGAAGAUGUUUCAUUUGAUGAUUUGGAAAAAAAUGGUAUUUUCACUGAUCGAUUAAUAGGACUUGGAUCUUCAUUUUUAACUAAGUCACCAGAAUCUGGACUUUAUAUUUUGGCAAAAUGUAUUAUGAGAAAAAUGUCACUUACAGAUAUUACUGUUUUAUAUUAUCAUCGUUAUUUACAAUACAUUGAUUUGGCGCAUAACAAUCUUACAAAUUUAAUGCCACUGGGUGGAAUUCCUUAUUUAAUGUAUUUAAAUGCAUCAUAUAAUAAACUCAUAGAUAUAUUAAAUUUUACACCACCUUGGUACUUAACUUAUGUAAAUUUAUCUCACAAUCAUAUAACUCAAAUGUGCGAUCUAAGUAGUUUUUGGAGUAUUGUUAGAUUAGAUUUAUCUUACAAUGAAAUUGAAGUUAUUUUUGGAUUGCACAAUUUAAAAUAUUUACAAUACUUGAAUUUAUCUUACAAUUCAAUUGAAUAUAUUGAAAAUUUAGAUAAUUUAAACAUUAAGGAAUUAAAUUUAGAAGGAAAUUGCAUAACAUCAUAUAAAUGUAAUGAAUGGGAUAAUGGUAUUAAAAGUUUAAUCAAUUUGAAAACCAUUAUAUUGGGAUAUAAUAAAUUAUCUAGCUUAGAUUUUUUCAAAGAUGCAUGCAGUUUAAGAUUCAUAGAUUUAAAGUAUAAUAAAAUUAUAGAUCUUUUAGAAGUAUCAAAUUUAAAAGGAUCAAUAUAUGAAAUAGAUCUUAGAGGAAAUGCAUGUAUAAAGUGGCCCAAUUAUAGAGAUGUAAUUUUAUUUUCUAUUCCAAGUGUUAUGUUUAUUGAUGGCAUUGAAGUAUCCAUUAUGGAAAAGAUAUCUGCAGCAACCUUAUUUGCUCCAUCAUUAAAUUUGAUAACUGCACGUAAUAUCAGUAAAUUGACUUUAUUGGAGCAUUUAAGUACACCUAAAAUAGAUACACAUGUGAUCGCAUAUGAUAAAAUCAGACCACCAUUAAUAAUAUUGACUGGUCCAUCUGCAGUAAAAAAAAGAGAAUUAGCUCUACAUAUAUCGUAUACAAUUCCUAAAAAAGUAAAAUACUGCAAAUGGUAUACUACUAAGCAAUUAGAAAUUCGUAAAAAUGAAGAAAAAUCAUUUAUUUUUGUUAAACGAGAAGAGUUUAAUGAAAUAGCUUGUUGUGGUAACUUUUUAGGAACACAAGAAUUAUUAGGACACAGUUAUGGAUUUCGUUAUCUUUAUUAUAAUUUUUACAUAGAUAUGAAUGAAAUAGCAUCAUUAAUAAUGGAACAAAAAAUUGGCAUAACUCAAGCGGAUUUGCAUACAACUAUGCAAAUAUGUAACCGCUAUUUAAAUGUCAAGCCUAUCUUAGUAAUUACAAAUAAUAUUACUCAACACCGAAGUAGUAUAGAGAAUAAAUUUGAUAUUUAUUCUUGGAUUCAAGAUAGUGUAGGAGAUUUGCUUGCUGUCAACAUAGGCAAGCAUACGCAUAUUAAGAAAGAAUCAAAAAGCAGUAUACUGAACUUUAUUUUAAGUAUUAUAGAGCAGAUAAUACAUAGUUUAGAAUUACCUGGAUAUAGUAUGUUCGUUAGACCUCAAGGUACUGGAGCAACAACAACCGAUAUAAUAUAUGAAAGUAAAACUAUGUUACCAAAAGUUAAAAUAGUUCAAGAUUCAUACACAUAUUUGUUUACUGCCAAUAAGCAAAAAUUCAGUGAUUUAAAGGUCUUGUUAGAUGAAGAAUCAAAUAUAAUUAUACACAAAAUUAAACCUAAGCGUAGAAAACCCAAAAGAAUUUUGAGAAAUGAGAUUUCUGCUGCUGAUGAUAUCAAUGAAUCUAGUUCUAGUGAAGAAACAUUGCUACCUUUAGUAAUUCUCUAUUCUUUUUUAAAUAAUUUAUUAAUUGUUAUAAUAAUAUGGAAAGAAGUAUUUAUCAAUCUACCUACUUUCAUUUGCUAUGAAGAUAAUGACGAUGAAAAGUCAGAAAACUUGAAGCGUAUGUACGUUGAACUUGUUUUGAAAACAAGGAAGAUAUAUUUAGAACAUCAUGAAAAAAAUCCUGGAUUUUUUUCUCUUGUGGUAAAAUAUUAUAAAUUCGUCCUAAGUAUAUACCAGUAUUGAAUUAGUUAUAUUAUCUCGUCUAUCAUAUAUUUUAGUUAUUAACAGACAAUUAUACUGAAGCAUUUAAUAUUUUGAUGAAUUUUAUUAAAAAAACAUGCGUAAAGCAAUUAUUCCGAAGUCUAGAACAUAUACCAGAAAUUAAAUAUCUUCUACGAGUGGCUAUUCCUGAUCGUAUUCAAUAUGUUAUUGAUAAAAUGAAAGAGUAUGACACAGAUGCUUCAUAUUAUAUUUUUACUAAUGUCUUAAAACAUUGAUUAUAAUUAAUAUUAAUCUUAAAUUUGUUUCUUUAGCUUUCUUAAUUUUUAUUUUUCAUGAUUGACUUUACAGAUCUUUAUCCAUUCCCAAAAUAAGAAAUUAGAAACAGAUACCAUAACAAUAUGAUCAAAAAGACACUAGUAUGUAUUUUAUUUACAUUAAGGCUAUAUAUAUAAUAAUUACUAU